AUGCGGUACCAGGACUGGGACAUUUUGCUGUUCCCGACAGACUGCAAGAUCCCCAUCAAAGAGUUCAAGGUGGCUUGCCAUGUCGUGCACGACGCAGAGUUCGCCCAAACCCAUGGAUCUUUGGGCCUUCCGACGGUCUGCUGCUUCAUCCCCAGCCUCCCCGCCGGAUCGAACUUCCAGGUCUCGAUCCAUUCCUGGUCCACGCCCGUUGUGAGCCAAUUCACGAGGGCCUACAGCGAGUUCAGCGAGGCCGUCAAAUUUGAGGCAAGACUGUACAUUGACGGGCGGCUGCUAGCAUCCACGACGCUGAACCGAGAUUAUUGCUCGCCGCACGUCAUUGCACACACUUGUAAUGUCGAAAAGACUGGAAAGCUAGAGCCACUGCGAUUCCCGCUAUUCCGACGAGAGCUGCUCCAGCAGAGCCAUUGGAGCCCAGCUGAUGACGUCGGUCGGAUCAAGCUCAUCCUCAGCGAGGGGUUCCCGCGAGACUCGCUGUCGCUCCCCAUGGAGCGGGUCAAGAACGUUGUCAUGUUUUCCUUCCAGCACGCUCCUCUAGACGUGCUGGAAGCAGCUUGCAUCGCGUGGCCCAACGCCUCUCUGUGGCAGCGAGUGCCUUUUACGUCGUCGAUGCCAGUCCCGUCGUAUCCCUCAGGCGAUGCGGACUCACACGCGCAUUCCCCGCGGCGGCGGAUUGGCCUGCCUCGAGGUGGCGUACCGGCACCCUCGCGGCGAGCCACGGUGCCUCACCCUCUGGCACGGGUCGGGGCGCAGAACGCUACGAGUUUUCCAAGUCUGGUGGAGCGUACAGAUGGAGACUUGGUUGAUCCGUUGUCGAACAAGAACGCCUACUUCGAGUGGCUGGUGGCCAACGGCCAGGGUGUCCCGCCGUGGGACAGCGAGGGUGCAGCGCAGCGGCAGAACAACCGAAGGGUGAGCACCGACAUCAGCAUGCCCGAUUACACGCCUAGGAGUGUCGGGGAUCAGUCGGGACAGUCGGUCGUGCCAGCCGACUUUGCUGCCGCACGGGAGGAGGACGGCUCUGGUCAUCUUCGAGUACCCACGAAUACGCCAACGACGAGCGGCCUCGGAAGCUUUGAGAAUGGAGCGGUGCCCUUUCCCAUGCUUUCGAACAGCUCGGUGAUUCCUGCGGACCUGGCCAGUUCCCUUACCAACUCACUGCUCAACCAACCAAUGCCGGUGCACUUCCAGCUACAAGGCCAGGCUUCCUUGGAACCUGCAAUGGAGGUCAAGUCGCGCAAAGAGAAUCGAAACCAUGCCAGGGCCCACUCACCUUCGGAUAUGUCCAUGGCUUCGGCACAGGACCACGUUGACAUGCGGCGGGUCUCACAGCAACUGUUCAUCCCGGCGGGAGGUGGGCCAGACGUGAGCUGCUUGAAGGUGGCUCCUGGCGACGCGACUCUCGACAACGCACUCGCGACGACGCUGAAGGAGGGUCCGAAGCGCAUUCGCAACUUUACACCAGCAUCUGCGGUCGCAAUGGAAAAUGAGGAUGAGCGGCAGCGAUGCAGCUCGAGCGUGCGCCUGACCCCGUUCGGGGACAGCAAGGAGAAUGACGGUUGA